UCUCUCUCUCCCUUCUGUGGUCAUCAUGUCGUCUGCCUACGGCAAGAUUGCCCGACCCCAGCCCAGAUCGACUGCUGCUGUGACUCUGCCGAUCGUCGACCGCCUCAAGGACGGUGCGGCGGUGCGGAUCGAGCGAGUCGACGCCGUCUCAGCCCAUGCUGCCCUGAUUCCCGAGCUGCGUCAGCUGCUCAACUAUGAGAUCGAACAGGGCAACACCUAUCCGCAGGAAGAGCCGCUCGAUCCGACGACAUUCGAGGCCUACUUUCUGUCCUAUGACGCCUUUGUCGCCCUUGACGAGGCCGGGUCGCUGCUCGGCACCUUUUACGUCAAGCCCAACUUUCCGGGCCGAUGCUCUCAUAUCUGCAACGGAGGCUUUCUGACCCACAUGGAUCACCGUGGGCGAGGCGUUGGCAAAGUAAUGGGCCGAGCCUUUGUGAAGAUUGCCCCGUCGCUGGGCUAUAAGGCAUCGAUGUUCAAUCUCGUCUUUGCCAACAACGUUGCCUCGGUCGAGCUGUGGCGGUCGCUCGGGUUCAAGGAAAUCGGGCGAGUGCCCAAGGCCGGUCGGCUCAAGGGCUCGGACGAGCUUGUCGAUGCGAUCAUGUUCUACUAUGACUUUGAGAGCCUCUAGAAGCAAGCCCUUGGAGCCCCAAGCAGGGCCAAAGCGACCGCAGCAACAAACCGCGGGAUGUCUCGAUUGCGGGCUCCGCUGGCAUCGUUCUGGGAACGGUGUGAUCGGGGUCUCGUUGAGUCGCCGCACCGCCGUUGCUGGCGCCAGUGGCAAACAGCAAGCUCGCUUUGGAAAGGAUGAUCUUGAAUAUAGGCGGUCGAUCUCCAUGAGCAACUCACGACUCA